AAAUGUCAGUGUACAUUACACCUACCUUCAAAGAGAGGGCAUCAUGCAGUUUCUGCUGGGUUUCCAAACGGGAUGAAUAGUGCAGAUCAUGGAAAUGAGAAGACAAGUAGCAAUGAAGAGAGUGAGAUCAGAAACAAUGACGUUGGGUUUGCGGAGUCGUCGUGGGGGUGUGUUCGUGCAGUCGAUUGGAAACAAACACUAGGAGGGCGAAGGCGCAAGCUUGUCCAGGCCGCUAUGCCAGUGAGUGUACUACAAAGGGAAGCUCAUGAACAAGAAGCUCGAAAACGGCAUCGAUCUGGAGUUGCUAUGUCAUUCACGAAAGGAGCGAAUGGUUUUCGCACAGACAACAGCAAAUUGCAAGAAAGAGAUUCGAAUGGUAGAUUUGCUGGGCAUGGAAAAGAUUUAUCGCUAAACACGAACGGCACCCGGAAGUUGGUAACCUCUACAGGACAGAAGGUGGUAAUCAAGUUGUCUGGCAAGAGUACGUCUCCGAAAUCACCCGCACCGAGCAAUGGAAAGAAUGGGAAAAAUUUUGCUUCAUCGCGUUCAGAUGGGGAUCCACACACUCCUUGCAGCACGAAGAAGAACAAGUCAAUUGCUGCGCUGACGGGGCAGAGAUCAGCUGCUUCAUCACCCAGGCUUGGACCCUCAUCAAUGCCCAACACUCCAAGGGAUUCUUCGAGUACCAGAGAUUGGGGAAUUGAUGAUUACGUCUAUGGGGGCCCGAGAGUACAGACAAAAAUAGAGAUAGUGAAGGCCAAAGAGAUUGAGAUUCCAAAUUGGCGUGUGAUAUCUCAGAGGAAGGAGGUUGUUUAUCAGAGAAGCAGGAGUAUGUCUGUUGGUUCCAAGUAUGCAAAACCAAGAAUGCAACUGAGCCCCAGCAACGGUGCGUCAAAUGAUGGAGGCCAGAACGAGAGCAGUG